AUGGAAAGGCAUGGAAAAAGGACAAGAGCGAGCUUAGGGGUUUUGCUUGAUGAACGAUAUAAAAAUCGAGAAAAAGAAAAUGAGAUAAAAUUAUUUGAAAAUAUAAAAACAGAUAUUAGCAUAAUAAUAAGUGAGCAAUUAAAAAAAAGAUCUAAAAGUGAAUUUGAAUUGACAACUAUUGAAAAAAAAUAUAUUUACUUAAAAUAUAUGACAGAGGAAUUAGAAAAAAUAAUUAAAUCUGAAGAUAAUGAAUUAAAAAAUGAGGAAGAAAUAAUAAAAAAUUAUUUUGAAUAUACAAGCACAAAUUUAGAUUAUAUAUUUAUAAAAUAUAAAAGUAUAGUAACUGAUUUGUCUGAACAGAAUAAUAAUAUGAAAUUAAAAUUAAAAGAAGUAAAAGAAAAUGAAAUAAAUGAAUUUCGAGAAUGUUAUGAGAUUAUAAAAAAGAAAAAUGAAAAAUUAAAAGAAUAUAAGAAUAGUAUUAUUGAUAUUAAAAAUAAAUUAUGUGAUUUAAAAAAAGAGUAUGAAUAUCUUAUAAAAGAUAUUAAAAUAAAAAGUGAAGAAAAAGAUAAUAUUGAAAAAAAUUAUAAAGAGUUACUAAGAAAUAUAGAACAUUAUAAAAAAGAAUUUGAAAAUAUAAAAGAAUGUUGUAAUUUAAAAAUGAGUGAAAAAAAAGAAACUUCUAUAAACUUAAAUAUAAUAGAAAAAGACAUAAAUGAUAUAAACAAUGAAAUUGACAAAUUAUUAGUAGAAAAAAAAAAAAUUACAAAUGAAUUAUCUGAUUUAGAAGAAGAUAAUAAUAAUAUUUUAAAAAAAUUAUUUGACUUUAAUUCAAAUUUAAAUGAAAAAAAUAAUAAGCUAUCUGAGGAAAUUUGUGAAAUAGAAAAUAAAAUAAAUGAAGUGAAAAAUAAAAAAGAAAUGAAUGAAUAUAAUUAUGCACAAGUCGAAUUAAAAUUAAAAGAAGUUACAAAAAUAUGUGAAAAUAAAAAAAAAGAAGAUGAAGAAAUAUCAGAAAUUGUAAAAGAGGCAAGUGAAGCUAUAAUAAGUAAUAUAAAUAUUUUUAAAGAAAAGGAAAAAGAAUCAGUUAAUUGUCAAAAUGAAUAUAAUAUAAUAAAAGAAAAUAAUUUAGACAAAAUAAAUAGAUGUAAUCUAUUAAAUAAAAAGAUAGAACAUGGUGACAUCUCUAUAAAUAACUGUAAAUGUAAUAUUGAAAAAUUGAAAACAGAAUUAAUAAAUAUAGAUGAAAUUAAAGAAAAAAAUGAAAAAAAAAAAUGUGAACUUUUAAGUUUAAUAGAAAUAUCAGAAAAAUUAUUACAAGAUGAAAAAAAUAACUUUUUUAAAAUCUCAAAAUUUUUUAAUUUAAUAUCAGCAUCAAAUGAUGAAUAUAUAAAACUUCAAAAUAAGAAAAACGAUAAAUAUUGUGAUAAUAGUGUAAUAAAAAAAUAUAAAGAAUUAGAAAAUAAUUUAAAGACAUUAUGUAAAGAAAUAAAUGAGAAAAAAAAUUUAAUUGAUCAUGUUAUUCAAAAUGAUAUAAAUAAUAUUAAAAAUACAAUUGAAAAUUUUGAAAUAAAUUUAACUUCCUCUAAAGAAGAAAACCAAAAUAUUAAUGACAAACUUGAAAUAUUAUUAAAUGACUAUAAAAGUUAUGAAAAGGAAUUAGAUGCAAAUGAUACGAACUAUGAAAACAAAAUAAAAGAAAUAUCCUCGGAUUUAGAUAUAAAAUAUGAAAAACUUACAGAAACAUUAGCUAGCCAUUUAAAAACAAAACAUAUAGAACACAAUAAAUUUUUAAAACAAGGAGAAAAGGAAAAGCUCGAAUUUAAUUUCCAGUUAUACAAAUCUGAAGUUAUUUUGCAAUUAGAAAAAGAAAAAGAAGAAAAAAAAAAAAAAAUUGAAGAAAUUCGUAAAGAGUUGAGAGUGCAUCAGCAAAAAUAUGCUUCAUUGAAAAAGGUUUGA